AUGAGUGACUUGGCACCAGAGAUCCAAAUGCCCCAGGUGCUGGAACCACUUCUGUACGCCACAAGAUGUGUCUCUAUCAAGCUUUCUGGACCAUGUCUCCCCAAGGUUGCUACGGCUCUGAAAUCAAGUUCACUGUGUCGGUUGGAAGUGGUGGAUCUCUCAGACUCUGGGCAGUGGCAAGCCCUUGCUAAAAUUGUGUCAGGACAUUCCACUCUGGAGUGCUUGACCAUACAGCUGGAUGAUGAGUCAAUGACUUCAAGUGUCCACACCAUCAAUGCCAUCAAUGCCUUGAAAGAAAACACAGCCUUGAAGAGCCUGAAUCUUGACAAUGGGUCUGUGUUUGCUAACAUAGUCGAGCCCAGCAAGGCAAUGUUGCGGGCUAUUCUUUCUCUUGUCACAGAGAACCCAACAAUCGAAGAUAUCCAAUUCAGUGCUGAUCAAUUUGCCUUUGGCAGGAACAGCUUUUUGGAGAAGAAGACCUUUCUCUUGAAGUGGAAUGGUGUGGGCAGGAAUCUAUGGCAGAAUUCUGCCAAGUCGGAAUUGCCAUGGAUUGAUGCCUUGUCCAAUGCAUCUCAUGAUGUGCGAGCACUGUUCCAUUUGCUAUCCAAAAAUCCAGCACUUUGUGGUUCAAGUCCUCAGCUGAAGAGCUUGUUUGGUAGAAAGCGAAGCAGGGAGCCAACUUUUGGUGACCAUGGGCCUAACGUCCGGCCGUGCAUUAGGUCUGUUGGCGAUCUUAGCUGGUCUCCUUUCCACGAGGUUAUCGAUUUCAGGUUCUUCGAUCUCAGUUAG